AUGCCGAUCCCUAUGCCUGCUUCGAUGCCCCUCCUGCCCCCCAUAUACCUCCCGGGGCAGGAGCCCUUCCCGGCCGGCACCACCGACUGGGAGAAGGAGGAGAUGCAGACGGCUCUGAAAUACCAAAGAUGGAUGGGUAUGGCUGCUGAGAGUUGUCCGUUCAAGGUCGGUAGCGCUGGUACUGGUGGUCUCGUACUGGGUGGUUUCUUUUCCCUCAUGUCGGCCACAUUUGCCUACGAAGACCCUCUUUCCCGGGCGUCUGAAAAGCACGCAUCGACAAGAGCUCAGACGUGGUUUGUCAUGAAGGACAUGGGAAGGAGUAUGUGGUCGAGCGGUAAAGGUUUCGCCAAGGUCGGUAUGGUGUAUUCAGGUGUAGAAUGCUGUAUUGAGGGUUAUCGAGCCAAGAAUGACAUUUACAAUGGUGUCUCUGCUGGUUUUUUGACGGGUGCGAUUCUCGCUCGUAAUGCUGGCCCGGGUGCCAUGUUGGGUGGUGGUGCUGCCUUUGCCGUAUUCUCCGGCGCCAUCGACUUGUGGUUACGAAGCGCCCCGGCCGAGUAA